UUUAAUAGCUUUUCCUUUACAUAUAAUUUGUUGACAGUUCAGGAGAAAUUUCUACUUUUAGUGAUUUGAUGUAAAUUGACAUUUUUCUUUAACUCUCUCUCAUUUUUCUUUUAAUCGAAUUAGACAAGAUACUAUUACACACGUGUGUACGCACACACAGCUCAGCCGAGUUGUUUCAAUAUUUGCUGGGAAAUAGGCAGCAAAUCCUUCUAUGGUAGUCCACCAGAGUAUUCUGAAAGUGAAUUUGAUGAUUUCUAUGGUUGUGCCUGCCAAAGAAUUUUCUGUUUUGGUCUUUGUCUCCCAUUUAUCUUAGCUGCCUCUUUGCUAGGAAUCUGCCUUUGGAUAUGUUUACUUCCUUUCCAGUUUUGCUGUUCUGAUCUAACAUGUUUCAAGAAGAUCAAGUGCCUCAUUUUUAAAGCUGUUAAGCUCCCAGUAACUUGUGCAAACCUUGCAUUUGGGUACAAGAUGAUUUAGAACCAGGCUGAUCUAAGCAUUGACUUUGGAGAGAAGGCCAGAAAGAAAGAGUGGACCCUAAAUCAGAAACAACAGCCCAACCUUGAUCCUGGCAAAAGUACCAAGCAUCACCUUGACAGAUAUGCCAGACAAAAUCCAAGUGGAUUUUCAUCACUUACAAACUUGUUUCUGUUUCUAAUGGUGACAGGAUUGGGAUAGAAAUUUUGCACCUGCACUUCCUUGAUUCUUUUCACAGCAAUAAACACCAGUAUGGCGAAGAUUUUAUAUUUGGUGAUGUCGAUCUUAAGACAAAUAACAGCUUUUUAGUUGAAUUGUUUGUUUUGGUAAAAGGUUCACUUUUGAGUUUUAUGAGCUUUGAAUAGACUUUUGUUUUGAGCUCAAGCUUGUCCCGAAUUUUAUUUCAAGGUCAAAACGUUCGAAUUACUUAGUCACAAAGUAAUCAUGGUAUGGUCAAACAAACUUGUUUUUUCUCUAUAUAUUCAGCGAAAUUAAACAUGAUUAUACUAAUUAAACGAUGAUACAAAUGCAGCUAGAUCUAUAAGCAUGAAUAAUACAACAUUUUAUGCAUAAAACAAACAUUUAAAAAUUAACAGUAACAGUGUGACCGCGCGACAACAAAAUGAAUAUUGAAAGUUCGAACAUGUUCAUGUUACAUGUUACUUGCAUCAAACAUGGCUUAGUCAAACGUUAUCUUGAUUGUCGAUUACCAGAUUGGAUUGUACUUUUUUUAAAUUAUACUCAAUAUUUACCUAAUGGCUCCCAUGUUAGUCUGCAUCCUGAAGAUUAUAUUAAAACUGCCCUUUCCAACAAAUACGUCAAUCUCGACUUUGGUGUUUCUCUAAGUGUUAACGCUAUGCUAGAUUAAACGGAGGGUAUGAUUAAAUCACCCAACAUUUUCCAAAUUAUUUUAAUUUGCCAUGCAUAUUCCCAAAGUAUUUAGAGAAGAAAUUGACCCUUCCACCUUUUUUCAGAAAGAUGUAGUUGAUAUAUGCGUUAUUUGUAUUGCGGACAUAACAGGGCACAUUACUAUAUACAGUGGCGUAGCCACGGUUGGAAGAUUGGAGGGGACAAUAAGGUAUCCGACAGCAAGGGGUCCGGGUGUCAUCCCCGGGUAAAUUUUUGGAGACCACACCCUUAACAAUUUGGGAAAAGAGCCCCAUUUUGUUAAUGCGUCUGGGAAAGCUAUGGCUUUUUUUCGUGGUAAUGUUUUGCUUAUCAGACACGAUAACCGUCAGGUGUCGCUAAUCAAACAUGAUAACCGUCAGGUGUAGCUUUUUCAUUCUACAACUGUAUAUUUCCUUCACAAUUCCUCAAACACUUAUAUUCUAAAUUGUGUAAGGCGAGGAAGCUCUACGUGUAAAUACUGAUUUUCCAAACUUGUAAGCAAAUAUUUAAAAAUAAUAAACAUGAUUCAAAAUUUUCAAACUAAGUCCGUUCUCCUUGGAGUGAAAUCUGCAAAAUGCCCAGCAAGCAUUUCAGAAUCCAGUUUUUAAGGAUUGAAGCACUUUAGUAUUUAGUUUCUUAACGAGGAGAAAUUGUAAACAAACUUUAGAGGUACAGAUUAAUGCCUCCUGCGAGCAAAAGCGAGCAGAAAAUUCUUGCGACCACGCUCUUUAGAUUAGCUUAAAAUAUGUUUCAGAAUAUUUCUUACAGUACUUUGCUUGCAGUCUUUUAAAAUGUUUUAGCUUUGUCUGAAAUAUCAAUCCCCCCCCCCCCAGGUACAAAUUUUAUAGCGAAAAUUCGCAUAGCAAUUUUUUGACACCCCCCCCCCCAAUAUUUGAGUUAUAAAUACGCUUCUGAUACUUGUGGAAAGUAAAGUGAAAUAAGGUUCAUUUUCGAAAAUAGCCAGUUUUUACCAAAGAGAUAUUAGAAACAUACUUUAUGACGUCAGAGAUACCACUCACUUUUUUAACAUGAGAAGGAGACUCAUUCAAUUCAUUUGCCCUGCACGUGUAAACAUUUUAGAAGGCCUAAAUCAGCAACGAAGCCCCAGUGUGUAUGAUUUUAACGAAAUGGGUAAGGUGAAGAGAUACAAUUAUGCAGCACGAAAUAAACACAUUUCAUCGACCAAUGAAAUUUCAAAAAAUCUCAGUAAACAGGCGAUCACUGCUGAUAACAUUGUUGAAGGAACUGAUGGUGACGAAUAUUGUAGUGUUGCUGAGCCUAAUGCGUUGAUCGUUCCAAAAGAGAAAAUUCCUAAGAGGAAAAACACAGAUAAGGCGAAGGAUGUCAAACAUUUGUCCAAAAGAAAAAUGAAGCAGAUUGAAAAAGUUCUCGAGAAAAGAAAGAAGAGAGCAAGGAGGUCAGAAGUUCUAAACUCAUUGUCUCAAUAUCAAGUAUCCGACAAAGAGCUUGCAAUGUACCAAUCUGUCUCAAGAAUAGGGCAGACAAAUUUAAUUGAUAAGCAAGUCAAUCUGAACACACAACAAGCUAUGCCUUCAGAACAAGAUAUUAAAAAUGCACUAGUCAGUGGCAAAAAAAGAGGCAAAAGACUAAGAAAAAUUAAAAAGCUGAAUGAAGCAGUUCAUUCAAAGAAGGAAAAGGUUGACAUUGUGGUUGAUGACAAUUUAGAUGAUUCUAGUGACGAGUCAUCCGAUGAUGAAAGUGAAGAAUCAGGUAAGGAAGAGGACAAUCUUGAUGAGGAAGGAAGUAAAGUUAUCCAAAAUGAGCUUGAAAAAGCUCAAGAGUUUACCAAUCUGCCAGAGGAAGGUAAAGGUCUCACCAAAGUGCCUGAAGAAGAUAAAAAUGCGCAAGAAGCUACUAUGGAGCUUGAAGGGAAAGGGGCCAAAAAGGUAGAAUCUAGCAACAAAAAUGACCCAACAAAAACAACAGAAGCUACACAAAUUCAAGAAAGGCCAGUUAGUGAGCCAGCUGUGUACGUAGAAUUGGACAGGACACCAGAAGUGCAGGCUUCAAGGGUUCUACUUCCAAUCUUGGGAGAAGAACAAUCAAUAAUGGAAACAAUAAAAGAUAAUAAUAUUGUUCUCAUUUGUGGUGAAACAGGAAGUGGGAAAACAACUCAAGUUCCACAGUUCUUAUAUGAAGCAGGAUUUUCAACUCACAAACCAAACGAAGGAAUGAUAGGGAUAACAGAACCAAGAAGAGUAGCUGCAAUCAGCAUGUCAAAAAGAGUUGCAAAGGAAAUGAACCUCAAUUCGAGUAUUGUUUCAUACCAAAUAAGAUACGAAGGAAACGUCAGAGAUACAACAAGGAUAAAGUUUAUGACAGACGGUGUGCUUCUAAAAGAAAUGGAAUCAGACUUUCUCUUGACGAAGUAUUCUGUAGUAAUUAUAGACGAGGCCCAUGAAAGAAGUGUUUUUACUGACAUCUUAAUUGGUCUUUUAUCAAGAGUCGUUCCUUUAAGGAAUAAGAAAGGAAACCCGAUGAAGUUGAUCAUCAUGUCUGCAACUCUACGAAUUGAGGAUUUUGUGGAUAACAAGAGGCUCUUUCCAUUGCCACCUCCAGUCUUGAAGAUCGAUUCGCGGCAGUAUCCUGUUACAAUUCACUUCAAUAAGAAGACACCAGAUGAUUACGUCACAGAGGCCUAUAAAAAGGUCUGUAAAAUUCAUCGCACUCUUAAAUCUGGUGGUAUUCUUGUUUUCGUCACUGGUCAAAACGAGGUUCAUUCGAUGUGCCGGAAGUUAAAAAGGACCUUUGUUGCUGGUUUUUCCAAGAAAUCACAUACGUUCCAAGGAAAAGAUAGAAAGAGAAACAAAAAGGCCGAUAAAGCAAGUAAAAGCGAGGGCUUCAGCUUAGAUAAUUAUCCAGUUGUGACGACCGAUAGUCUUUAUGAAGAUUACGAUGGCGAACAAGAUGGUGCGAGCGACGAUUCAGAGCUUGAGGAGGAUGAUGCCUAUGAUGAAGAAAUUGAUUCAAAUUUACCUCUUCAUGUUCUUCCUCUUUUCUCACUGUUAUCGAACGAAAAACAGGCCAAGGUUUUCGAACCAUGUCCAGAAGGCUCUAGACUUUGCGUUAUCUCAACAAAUGUUGCGGAAACUUCCUUAACAAUUCCUGGAAUUAAAUAUGUUGUUGAUUGUGGAAAGGUGAAAACAAGAUUAUAUGACAAAUUGACGGGUGUCUCAUCGUUCAGAAUCACAUGGGCUUCAAAAGCAUCAGCCAAUCAAAGAGCAGGACGGGCUGGCCGCGUAGAGCCUGGUCACUGUUACAGGCUGUAUUCUUCAGCAGUAUUUCAACAUGAAUUCGAUGACUAUUCGCAAGCAGAAAUUUGCAGGAGACCUGCAGACGAGCUGCUGCUACUCAUGAAGAAUAUGGGUAUAGAAAAAGUUCACAACUUUCCUUUUCCGACUGCUCCUGAAUCAGAAACGUGGAAGGCAGCUGAAAAACAUCUGCUUGAUCUAGGUGCCUUAGAAGAAAAGAAAGUGAAAAGAGGGGACUAUAAUACCACAGUAACUGCUCUUGGUAAAACAAUGGCACAACUUCCAAUUGCCCCUAGAUAUGCAAAAAUGAUAUUGCUUGCACACCAGGAGAACUCCUUGCAGUAUAUAAUUAUUAUCGUAGCGGCACUGACAGUUAAGGAAAUAUUCACAGAUGAUGUCAAAAUUGAUGAAAAUCUCAUUGCAAAUGACGAAGAUGCAGUGAAAAAGAAAAGGUCACUGCUAACUCAAGCAAGAAGGAAAUGGGCGGGAACGGGAGAGAAAUCAUUACUGGGAGACAUGAUGGUAUUGUUACGAGCGGUUGGUGCCUGCGAAUUCGCUGGCUGUAGUGAAAAAUUUUGCCAGGAGAAUGGACUGAGAUACAAAGCUAUGGCGGAAAUACGGAAACUGAGGGCUCAUUUGUCCAAAGCUGUGACCGCAAUCAAUCCAAAUGUUGACGUUUUUGUGGAUCCAAGAAUGAAACCACCUUCUGAGAUUCAGUCAAAGGUCAUCCGUCAGAUACUUUUGUCAUGCUUGGGCGAUCGUGUCGCAAAGAAAAUUCCAUCAUCAGAGAUUAAGGAUAUAAGCCAGAAGAAUGCAUAUCAGAGCUGUUCCACAGCAGAUCCUGUUUUUAUCCACCCAGCAUCUGCUAUGUUUGAUAAACUCCCAGAUUAUUUGGUCUACCAGGAAAUUAUCGAGACAUCAAAACUGUACAUGAAAGGAGUAACGGCUAUCGAGGAGAACUGGCUUCCUGUAUUCGCUCCGUACCUGUGCACUUUCUCAAAACCUUUAGAGUCGCUCAAACCGUCAUAUGAUAUCAAGUCAGGCAGGAUGAAAUGCCACAUGACAAGUACCUACGGCCCACAUUCGUGGACCCUACCUGCGCAGGAGCUGGAUUUCCCACCAUGCAUUGAGCGAUUCAAAUGGUUUGCAACAGCAUUUCUAUCCGGACAGGUUUCCCAAUCUUUAAAAGAGUUUGUUCCUUAUUUGUUGGCACCGGCAUCAGUCAUGACGAAGAGUUGGUCGAGGCUCCACCCUCGAACAGAAGUUCUUUUACAAACACUAGUUAAGGCAAACGUGUUUGACAAGAAGUCGUUGAUGCAAGCCUGGAAAGAAAACAGUAAUUUCAUGCUGACAGCUUACUUGCAAUGGAUGCCGGAGAGCCUUCACAACGAAAUACGUCAGAAAUGGCAUCUAGUGUCUUAGCCACAAGUAUCUCUCUCUAUGAGUAAGCCUCCAUACCCGAUCCAGAGCAACGCCUCCAUGCCCAAUGGCUAUCUGACCUGGAUGGUACUACCAAGAUGUCACAAGGUGUGCUUGGCUUGCCCGAACCAGCACCACAAAGAACGGUUUCUUUCCAAGACCAUGCAAUCUUUGUUGAUUCUUUGCGUUCAUGGAUGACGUAGAAACUAUUAUGCUGUCCAACUGAUAAUUUGAAAAUCGUGUAUGUCGAUUAUACCUUCUGUAAUGUUGAUUGUUGAUUAAUUUUAGGGUUUUAAGCCUGUUGUACUUUAAUUAUCAUCUAGGCUAGGAUUUAUCUGAUCGUGAUAAGAUCUAAAGAAGGGUGGAUUAAACAAGUGAGCAUUUUUACCAAUCAACAUCAUCACCAUUGGAAUCAUCAUCGUUAAUCGCUCACCACCAGUCAUCAUGAUCAACCAUCAUUGAUCAUCACUUAUCAUCACCACUCCUCGUUGUAGUCACUAUCACCACCAAGGAGGAGAAUAGUGAUGGUCUAUGACGCAGGCUAGAUCAAUCAUGAUCGAUCACCGUUAUCGCCACAACACAUCACUGUUAUCAUUUGCAUCGUUGCAAUAAUCUUGAAGCACUAUCCUUCAAUUUCAACUUCAACUAACAGAAAUUUUUAAAAUGUAAAAAUCCCAUUUAAACGAAGGUUUCAACAAUUUCAUUAUCAGAACUUUCAGUUAAGGCCUUGACCUGUUAUGUCUCUUUUGGAAUAUCGCAUGGCACAUCCAUGUAUCCAAUGUACGGCCGUGUUUAUUUAAACAGGCUUAUUGAUCUUAAAGCUUCAAGUGACUUGACCCGAAUAACCCUGUGGUUUACCAGUGUACCUUGCAAGUGCGAUCAGUAAAUGCCCAUUUUCUCCGGACUUACAAUUCCUCUACAUACAGGUAUGAACAAGCUAUCUUGUGUGGCUUUAGCCCCCCUCGCCCCCCCCUCGCCC